CGAUUUUCCGCCAAGACCACGGUUUCGGAGAGGACAACCACCACCACACUUCGGCAACCCAGCACACCACCAUGCCCUUCUUUCCUCAACAGCCACACCAACCACACUCGCAGCAGCAGUCGCAGCCGCAGCUGCCGCCUGGGUGGGAGGCCAGGUAUGAUCCCAACACCAGGCGCACUUUCUACGUCGACCACAACACCAAAACAACCUCAUGGAACCCACCCACCCCAGCUCAACAUGCGCCGCCACAGGCAGCAGCACCUGCGAUUCCUCACCAAAUGGAGAAGAUCGAACAGCACCGACAGCAGAUUCGUCAGCUGAACACAGACUUGGCAGCAUUGACACAAAACUGGCGGCAAAUGCCAAAGCAGCAGGUACAACGCAAGUAUCUCGAGCUGAACGAAUACAUCACAAGGGAAAUGCUGCAGUUGGAUCAGAUUGACUCCGAUGGCAAGCCCGAAAUCAGACUUGCACGAAAGUCUGCGAUUCAGGAGGCGCAGCAAGUGGCCUCGGGCUUGGACCGCUUCAAAGCAACUGUGCCCAUGUUCUAAGCAAAUAAUACACUGCAUUUGUGUGUGUGUGUGUGUGUGUG